GUGGCACGUAGGGCAUCCAUGCGCACGGCGGCGGCGUGGUGCCUGCUCCUCCCGAGCGCCGCCGCGUUCGCGCCGGCGCCACCACCUGAUAGUAGACGGCGCGCACUCACGACGCGGAGCGCCGGCGCCGGCGAGCUCCUGGCCGAGGUCCGCGACCUCGCGCGGCUGCGCCCGACGCGCGACGACAUCGUGCGGCUGAGCGACGCCUGCGACGCGGGCGACGGCGCCCUGCGCUUCCUGCGCCGCCGCAAGCGCUACGGGCUGCUCGCGGAGCUGCUCAAACGGGACGCGGCGGCGUACGCCGACGUCGCCGGCUGGCUCCACGGCGCGUGUGGCGUCGGGCGCGACCAGCUGCCGAACCUCGAGCGCGUGCCCCUCGCCGCGGCGCCGCCGCCCGCGGUCGACGACCUCGUGCCCGACUGCACCUUGACGAACAAGACGUUCGCGGAGACGCCGCUCGACGCGUUCCUCCUCCAGUUCACGCGGGACCGCUACGCCGAGCACACGCCCGGGCCGGCCUUCCGCUCGCGGCAGGCCGGCAUCCUCGGGCUGCUCGAGGAGAUGCGCGUGCUCAUGCUCGACGAGCGCGGGACGGACGCGGCGCAGCAGGACCUGGUGAUCCGCGUGCUGCUGGACCUGAUGACGCCGGCCCUGCCGCCGUUCUACCGGCUCUUCAUGGGCGGCCUCGUGCCGUCGGCGGAGCGCGGCGACCCCGCGUGGCUCGUGGACCUCGCGGCGCGGCAGUCGCUGCGCCGCCCGGGCGAGCGCUGGCUCGGCGGGCGCGGCCCGCCGCCCUACGCGCCGCUGCUGACGAGCGUCGUGGCGCCGUUCGUGUUCGGCUUCCUCGUGGGCCCCGGCCGGGUCAACCGGCGGGGCGACGGCGCGCGGGGCGGCCUCGUCGUGGACAAGUGCAAGUUCCUGCAGGAGUCGAACUGCAAGGGCCUGUGCCUGCACCAGUGCAAGCGGCCGGCGGAGCGGCUCUUCGACGACCUGGGCGUGCCGCUGCGCGUCGCGCCGAACUUCGAGACGCAGGAGUGCCAGUGGUCCUGGGGCGUCGCCGCGCCGGCGCCCGAGGCCGACGACGCGUGGCCCGACAACUGCCUCGCCGGCUGCGCGAACCGGAAGCUCCUACCGGCGGCCGGACGAAGGGAGUGUUAGCACUCCCUUAAAAUAAUAUACCUUCCUAGA